ACCAACUUUUCCUCAGGCAAAAAAGAUGAAUGUUUGAUCUGCAGAACUCCUUGUCGUACAGUAUUCCUUUCAAAAGAGAUUUCAGAAUUUCAAGAAAAAAAUCGUAAACAUUUGCUAGCAUACCACAGAGAAAAGAGAGUAAAGCUGGAAGAAUCUCUGAGGAAAGCAAGGCAGCAACUGCAUCAGAUACAAUGUAUGAAACCUCCUCAGCAAGCUACUCAACUGCCAUUUGCCAGUACAAGCAGAAACCCACUUUCCAUGCCUUCAAGAAGACUGAAUGGGUAUUCCUCAUAUUCUCGUCAACCUAGUCAUCCUUCUACUUCUGAAACAAUGGAGUCAAUGGAGGUUGAUCCUGUACCUUCACCAAUGAGGAAACCUGAGACAAUGACUGGUCCAGCAAGAUUAUCAGUUAUAACUCCACCACAGGAUGGACGCAUGGGUAGUGUAUCCUACAGAAGUUCUCAGUCAUCUGGAAUAACAUCAAGUCAAACUACAGCAGUAACUACCAGAUCCACACCUAUAGGACUACCACAUAAUGGAUGUUCACUUAUAUCACCAUCCGGAUCACAAAACAGUAGGAGGGGAUCAUGGUCUGCUUCUGAUUUCAGAACUCCUCCAUUGUAUCAAUUUACAUUACCUUCACCACAGUCAUCUGUAGCAAGACCUCCAAUCACCAUCUCUGGAAUUCUACAAAGACAACAUUUAGGAUCAGCUAGUUUUGGAGGACAAACAGCGGAAAGAUAAGCAAAAAUCCGUGAUUUAUUUUGUUCAGUAAGCAUUUUGAAAAGCUGUGCACUGUUGUUGGAUAUCAAAGUGUUUGUAAUUUCUAUAAAAUGUCAAAGUAGCAUAAAACAACUAUUAUUCAGCAUGAAUAAUGUAUCUAAAACUUGCCAGUAAAAUCUAUAGUAACUUUAAGCAGGAUUACAAAAGAUUCUGGCUUUUUAAAGGAAUUUUGGUUUAAAAUAUACUGUAAGAAUUGUAAAAAUAAAUUGCUUUUGUUAAUGAAGUGUUAAGACAAAAGAAUGCUUUUAUAUUCAAUGAGCUCUUCUUCCUGUAAAUGCAGUGAACUGCAGCAGAACUGAUUUUAAAUAGUUGUGCCUGUACAGAUGAACCCCUGUCCAAAAACUAUUUUACUGUUAGACAUUAAAUCAAAUAGACAUUUGAUUCCAAAAUCCAAAUUUGGGUUCUUAUUCAAGAGAUUACCUUUUGUUUGCAUGGUAAGGAAUAUGGUUUGAGGGCAAUCGUAGCCUAGUAGGCUCUUCAGAACUUGUAAGACAGUAUCUAUACAGCAUUCCAAGAAGCUUAUCAUUUGAUUUAGGUAGCAAUGCUGUCUUCUCAAAAAUGCAAUAAAAUGGAAGAACUGGUUUGAAGAGGUACAUCAUGCCAGAGGCUACCUUUCCUCUCAUAGAAUAGCGGAUGAGUGCUCUGUCUGGAAGGUCCCAGACUGCCAACUCUCCCAUUGAAAUUCCCACCAUUACUGUGUAUGUCUGGAUAAAUUUUGCUGGACUGAAUAACUGUUUUGUUUUAUUUUUGCCUAACUUUAGCCCUAUUUAAAAAAUAGGAAAACUAUAAGAUACGUUUGAGACUAAGUCCAGCUAGUGAAUGAUACAACUUUUUGGGGGUUAAAAUGUUUUGUUUGACCUAAAAGAAAGUCUAAAAUAGUAAAGAGAGUACAAAGGUGUUCUUCAUUUUUGCUGCCUACUUAACU